CAUUUAAUGUGUGCCAUGCAAUUCACCAAGUAAUCACUGUUUACUAAAUACUUUGGGGUCUAUUAUUAGCCGCGCUAUCCACAUUUUUCCACAAAUAGGCCCAACUGUUACACUUUCAUAAAAAAGUUGGACGUGCAUUUAUUGGAGUAUGUGCAGACGCAGAUGUACACAUUUCAAGCUUUAGAAUAAAAUGGUUUACCAUAUAUGAUCAUAAUAGAAUCAAAGAAGAGCAAAGCAACAAAUUAAUAACACUUAUCUGGUGACACAUACAUUCAUAUUAUCUGAGAACAGGACUGAAUUAGGAGAGAAUAAAUUAAUUUGGAUAUAAAGCAGUAUCACAGGAAAUGAUUGGGUCUUAAACUGCAUGCUAAAUUGCACUAACAAUAACACUGUAUGCAGACUGUGCUAUAUGAAAACAAGCGGUACAGCUAUCAUGUGCGCACUGUGCAGAUAAUAACGGUCAUUUUUGGAUCUGAAUUUGCAAAGGGUGAAUAAGGGAUAUUUUGCUGUAUAUCAGUGAAGUAGGAAUAAAACCAUUAAUAUAAAAUGUUCCACAUAUCCAUGUACAAGUGAGACUCAAGAACUAAUACUCUACAUUAUGUAUCAUCAUACUGAUUAAAAUAUGAUAACCAAAAUUUGAAAUGGCAAAAUGUCCAAAAAUAUGGCUGUUAAAUGGAUUUGUAUAUAUACUAAUGAUACUAGAUGUUCUAGCUAACCUAUAUGAUGUAUUAACUCUUGAUCCUUCUUCAACUGUUACUGACUUAACAUCCAGAAAAAUUUCAUCUUGCGGUGGUAUUGAUUUUAAAGCAUGGAUGAUUUUUCCAAUUAUUUAUCGCAUGUUUAUAGUACUAGUAUUAAAUUGUGCAUUUCAUUGGAUAUGUUCUUCUUUCGAAUUUUGGGUUAUUGGAUGGUUUAUGUUUCCAUAUUUUUUAAGCAUUGGAACAAUCCACUAUUUUAUCAUGAUAUGCCAUGAGGUAAUAUAUAAAGUUAAUAGUCUUUUAUACAUUCAAUUGUUCAUUGCACUAUUUACAAGCACAUUUAAAGUAUUGAUACUUGGGUAUAUAUUAUAUCAGAUUCGUAGACGUUAUUAUGUUAAUAAAAAAUUAUAUGAAAAGUUGAUCAAAAGAUAUAAAGUUACAUAUGCCAUGUACAUUGUGGCAUACAUUUGGCUUAUCACUGUGACAGGACUGUCCCUUCUUACUAUUGACUAUCCUAAAGCAGUCAUGGAGCAUUUGGACAAAUUUGAGCUGUACUUUGUAAAGAAAGGAGCAAUUAAUAAUGGUAAUAAAAUGAGUAACAACGUUAGUAUGGCUGAAGACUGGACCAAUGGGGCUUAUAUAAUACCCAGGAAAGACAUUUUGCAUAUAUCUGGUUUGGAAGUCGUAAAAUCAGAAGAUAACUUCAUCGAUGUAACAAUCACUUGUCAUAACGUGACAAUAUAUGAUAUUCCGAAAGAAUUCAACAAACUUUGUGAUGACUGCAAUGAUGAAAUUAACAUUCACUAUCAAUUGAUAGUUGCAGACACAAAGGCAUUUUACAAGAAACCUGUUAUACAUUACUACAUUACAAUUAGAAGUUUAAAUGGACCAAACCUUCAAUGGAGAUACCUGGAUAUGUUAGAUACAUAUUAUGAUAUAUAUGUCCUUUUACAAAACAAAGACCCUGCCCUGGACAUUCAUACAAAACAAGAUGCUGUUUUCUACAGGCCACCAUCAGACCAGAUCAAAUUAAUAGAAAGUUAUGCUACAUGUACUAGAAAAUUUUUUGGUUGGUUGAAUUCUGUUGAAGAAUCUGAUACUCAAUAGAGGUUUCAGAAAUCUGUAUCUAUUACCAACUGUUAUGGGACUAAGCCAAAGUUUUAGGGUUAUGACUGCUUUUUCAAGUCUGCGUUUACACCAUUUUGAAUAUAUUACUUUAUUAUACAUAUAUAAAAUUAAACAUGACGAUUUUGUGAAGUCAUAUAAAUAAGUGCAGAGUGACCAUAAAAAUGUCAUGCUGAAAGUCAUGAUUAAAAUGGCACAAUCUAGAGUGACUAUUUAGGGUGAACAUAAAACCUACAUUGCUUAUUGAACACUCUAUAAAAUUUAGUAAAACAUAUUAUAAUAUUACAUCAUAAAAAUGUAUAACUGUAUAUUUACUUCAUAAAAAUUUAAAAUACAGAGUGACACAAAAAACUGGGCACAAAAUAAUACAAAAUAAUUUGAAGAAAAUAAAGGUUAUCAACUUUAAUUUUCUGGUAGAUUAGUCUGCUUGGAUGGAUGUCUAAAAGCAAAAAUUGACUGUGAUAGAUUGAUGUUUCCAUAUAUGUUGU